AUGGAGUAUAUCAAUAACGAUACAAGUCUUCUACAGGACUACGAUUUGCAGAUGAAAGUCGUUGACACUGCGAGCAAUAGUGGCAGCGCUAUGCGAGACUUGAUAUACAUCCUAGCAGAUGACGACCCGGUAGUUGGACUGAUUGGUGCACCAAACUCACACGUUUCUAUGGCAUUAGCAGAGACUACCAAAUGGUGGAACCUCAUUCAGAUUGCAUGUAGUAACUAUAACCCGGAUCUAUCUAACACAGAAGCAUUUCCUCUGUAUUUUCGAACUAUUACACCAAUCACGGCGUUCAAUCCGGCACUGUUGGCUUUGAUCCAAUAUUACAGAUGGACAAGGGUUGCUAUACUCUAUCAUCACAAAGACUACGAGACACUUGUGGGCUCACACGAGCUUCAAGCCAUGCUCACAGAUGUCAACAUUACCGUUGUUGUGAACGAAGCUUUUAUCGAUGACCCUUCUGAGCAGAUACAAAAAAUUAAGGAACUUGACAUACGUAUAAUAAUAGGGUAUUUCUACAGCCCAGAAGCUCGACGUGCAUUCUGUGAGAUGCAUCGUCUAGGUAUGAAAAGUCCCAAAUACGUGUUAUUGUCAAUUCAAACUAACGAUGAAUGGUGGCAGAUUGACGACGGUCUUACAUGUUCCCCGGAAGACCUUCUUAAUGCCUCCGAGGGAGCCAUCUUUUUUGUGUUUUACUUCGAGCGUGGCAACAAUACUAUCAAUGUUGACGUCGAUGAUUUCGGAGAAAGGUAUGCCAGGUUAGCGACUGCACUGGGCUUCCCAGAGUCGCUGUUCGCCUACCACCAGUUUGAUGCAGUGUACGCGCUGGCGCUUGCUUUGAACAAAUCUAUUGAUUCACUCGCUGUUAUUGGAAAGAAUCUGUCAAGCUUCAGUUAUGACGUGCAAACGGCUGACAUAUUUUAUGCAUCAUUGAGGGAUACUCGUUUUAUGGGCAUUUCAGGUGUCAUCCAGUUUGAUGAAAAUGGUGACCGAAUAGGACAAGUUCUUUUCAGACAAGUUCAAAGCGAUGGUCAAGUGGAGAUAUUUGGGGUAUACACGUUGUCGGAAGAUCUAUUUGAACUUGACAAUGGAUGGACAAGUGUUUCGGAUGCCCCACGUGAUAGGAUCAAUCACGUGACUGUUAUAAUUAAGACGUCUCCUGUCGUUAUCGAUUUGGCAAUAAUAUUGGCUUCUUGUGGAAUAAUUUUUUCCAUAUUGGUCAUGAUAUUUAACAUAUACAAUAGAAAGAAACGUGUAAUUAAGAUGUCAAGUCCAAAUAUCAACAAUCUCAUCUGCGUUGGUGGCGGUAUGGCGUACGCGUCGGUCAUUUUACAUGGUUUAGGAAACAAUGCCGAUUCUGUCAAGACACACGAUGCAUUGUGCAAGAUAUCGCCAUGGGUCUUUUCAUUGGGAUUCACUAUUGGGUUCGGUGCACUGUUCGCAAAGACCUGGAGAGUCCAUCGUAUAUUUACCAGCAAAACCACGAAACGCAUUAAUAUACUGGAUUGGAAUCUAUUUUUAUUCGUGGGAAUCUUAGUGUUUAUUGAUGUUAUAAUACUCACAGUUUGGACCACUGUGGACCCCGUUACUACUAACACAGUAUCCAUGGUUACACGGGUGGACGAAGAGCAAGACGCUUUAAUAUUCCCCGUACUGCGCAAAUGUUACUCAGAAAACGAAGUCAUAUGGCUAGGACUAUCAUGCGGUUAUAAAGGAAUCAUCUUGUUAUUUGGAGUGUUUCUAGCCUGGGAAACAAGGAAGGUAUACCUCAUAGCACUACUAGCUUACUCUAAUGUUACCAAUUAUACAUCAAGGUCAAAAGUAGUAACGUGUAUUGGGGCUUGUUCGGCAUCAGUCUGA